AUAAACAACAGCUUUUAUUUAAUGACAUUUCACUGCGAAAACGACUUUAUGUUUAACAGUUUUCAAAUUUGUUGAUAAAACAUGCUAUUCUAUUCAUUCUUCAAAUCAUUGGUUGGCAAAGAUGUAGUGGUGGAAUUAAAAAAUGAUUUAAGCAUUUGCGGCACUUUACAUUCAGUGGACCAAUAUCUAAAUAUCAAACUGACCGACAUUAGCGUAACAGAUCCGGAAAAGUACCCUCACAUGUUAUCGGUAAAAAAUUGUUUUAUACGCGGUUCGGUGGUACGUUAUGUUCAGCUGCCUGGUGAUGAAGUCGAUACACAACUAUUGCAGGAUGCCGCACGUAAAGAGGCGGUUGUCAGUAUCAGAUGAAAUGCAUCUGAAAGGGGCAGGGGCAAUUAGUUUUUUAAGUUGUACCCUUGAAGAUAAAUGUGUAAACACCGUAACUUAAAUCCAAUAUAAUAGUUUGAAAUAUUUGGAAAUCUAAAUUUGAAAAGAAAAAGUUGGAACAUAACAAAGAUUUCCUAAUCGAACUUUAUUUUAAGAGAAUAAGAAUAUGAAUAGAAAUUCAAUAAUGCACCAUU